GUCCUCACACAAUACCCCGCUGGAGGCAAACAGUGAUGGCAGGAGUUGCAACUAAGUUGUCCAAAGAGAGAGCUGUAUUAGAAGGGCUUGGCUCCAAUGGGAAGGCAGUGAAGUAUUUAAAUCAGGAUUAUGAGACUCUCAGGCAGCAGUGCUUGCAGUCUGGCACUCUGUUUAAGGAUGAAGAAUUCCCAGCCGGUCCUUCGGCCCUGGGCUAUAGGGACUUGGGGCCGUAUUCUCCUAAAACGCAGGGUAUUGUCUGGAAGCGACCCACGGAGUUAUGUACCAAUCCUCAGUUUAUAGUUGGAGGAGCCACUCGGACAGACAUUCGCCAAGGGAUCCUGGGUGACUGCUGGCUCCUAGCAGCCAUUGCAUCUCUUACCUUGGAUCAAGAAAUCCUGCAUCGAAUUGUUCCCAAAGAUCAGAGCUUCCAGAAGAACUACGCUGGGAUCUUUCAUUUCCAGUUCUGGCAGUUUGGGGAGUGGGUGGAUGUUGUUGUUGAUGACAGGCUGCCCACCAAAAACGGGCAGCUGCUCUUCCUUCACUCGGAGGAAGGCAAUGAGUUCUGGAGCGCCCUGCUGGAGAAGGCCUACGCUAAAUUGAAUGGCUCAUAUGAGGCUCUCACAGGAGGCUCCACUACAGAAGGGUUUGAGGAUUUCACGGGUGGCAUCGCUGAGUCUUAUGAUCUGAGGAAGGCCCCACCAAACCUAUAUCAGAUCAUCCAGAAGGCCCUGCAAGCUGGGUCAUUGCUUGGCUGCUCCAUUGAUAUCACCAGUGCAGCUGAAACUGAGGCUAUCACAAGUAAGAAAUUGGUAAAGGGCCAUGCUUACUCUCUCACUGGAGCAGAAGAGGUAAACUACCGUGGGCGCCCAGAGAAGCUAGUCAGGAUUAGAAAUCCCUGGGGUGAAGUGGAGUGGACCGGAGCCUGGAGCGAUAAUGCUCCAGAAUGGAAUUAUAUUGAUCCCAAACAAAAACAGGCUCUGGAUAAGCAAGCAGAUGAUGGAGAGUUUUGGAUGGCAUUCUCAGAUUUUCAAAGACAGUUUACACGGCUUGAGAUCUGCAACUUGACUCCUGACACCCUGACGAGUGACAAGGUCCAUAAAUGGGGUCUGACCUUAUUCAGUGGUCUGUGGAGACGGGGUUCUACUGCUGGUGGCUGCCAGAACUAUCCAGUGACGUACUGGACCAAUCCUCAGUUUAAAAUCAAGCUGGAUGAGCCAGAUGAUGGUGAUGAAGGAUGCACUGUGCUGGUGGGCCUGAUGCAGAAGAACCGCAGGAGAGAAAAGAAGAUGGGGGAAGCUCUACUCAGUAUUGGCUAUUCUCUCUAUCAGGUCCCUAAAGAGCUGCAAAAUCACACAGAUAUCCAUCUGAGCCGAGAUUUCUUCACAACCCACCGACCAGUAGCCCGGUCUGACACCUACGUUAACCUGCGCGAAGUCUCCGGCCGUCUCAAACUGCCCCAAGGAGAGUACCUCAUUGUGCCAUCCACAUUCGAGCCUUUCAAAGAUGGAGAGUUCUGCCUUCGAGUUUUCUCUGAGAAACAGGCUAAAGCUCAGGAAAUCGGUGAUGUAGUGGCUGCAAAACCAUAUGAGCCUCAUGUUGAUGACAAGGGCAUAGAUAAGGAGUUCAAGAGCCUGUUUCAGAAGCUUUCUGGAGAGGACUGUGAAAUGACUGCAAAUGAACUUCAAACUGUUCUGAAUAGAGUGUUAGCAAAGAGGGCAGACAUUAAAAGUGAUGGAUUCAACAUAAACACCUGCAGAGAGAUGAUCAGUCUCUUAGAUACCGACGGGACUGGCACCUUGGGACUUGUAGAAUUCAAGAUACUUUGGCUGAAGAUUCAAAAAUAUUUGGAGAUCUAUAAGAAAGUGGAUACAGACUAUUCUGGUACCAUAGAUGCUCAUGAGAUGCGAAAUGCCUUCAAGGAAGCAGGUUUCACUCUCAACAAUAAGGUGCAAAACAUCAUUGCUCUCCGCUAUGCCUGCGGCAAGAUGACCAUUGACUUUGACGGCUUUGUGGCCUGCAUGAUCCGCCUAGAGACUCUCUUCAAAAUGUUCCAGCUCCUAGACAAAGACAAGAAUGGAGUCAUCCAGCUCUCUUUGGCUGAGUGGCUGUGCUGCACAAUGGUUUGAGCUGUUGCAUCUGAAUUGAGUACAGAUCCCCGUGACUCUUGCAAACGUGUUAUGAUUUUCAUAUGCCUGGAAACUUGGAAGAUAUUUAUUUCCUGUGUAUCUGAGUGACUCUCAAUCUGCUGCUCCCCUCUUACAGAGAGAAAAAAUCCUGUUUCAAUCACCAGCAACUUAUUUCAAGCCAAAAUGAAAAUAAAAUGAUUCCCUGCCGUUUGGAAAACAAACACUGCAAUGAUACAUUAAAAAACAAACAAACAAAAAAACCUUUUCUUUUUUCUGCCUGGGGACUGGGGAGUAUUUUUGUGUCAUGCUGAAAUGUCAUGAAUUACAAUUACCACAGAUAGGCCCAAAGGGCAGAACUUAGAUUCAAAUUCCAGCUCCACCCAAGAUUCAGCAGUGUUCAGAUCCAAACAGCUGGUCUGGACAGAAAGGGAGAGAAAGGGUCAGCUACAAAAUUUGUAUCAGAUUCUGAAGCAUCCACCCAUAUCCUGAAUUUGAAUCUAGGAGUUUGGUUUGGGCCCAUUUCUAAAGACUUUGUUUAGUGACCUGGUUUAGUCUAUUCCAUUUAGGUUCUUAUAGUAUAACACCUGAGUGCCUUCCAGAUUGAGAAUAAACAAGGAGGAUAGCAUCUGUCAUUUGAGUUUUAGUGAGCAGGAGAAGGAGGAGGGAAUCUGAAGGCCCUUUUUAUGGCUCUUUUGUAUGUUUUCAAGUAGGAGGAGAGGGCAAGGUGGUAAGGAAAGAUGUGAUUUGUGCUCUCAGUAGGCACAUUGGUUGAUAACAAACCUGGUCAGUGAUCCACAUACAGGCCCAAAACCAAAUAUUUACAUUUAAUAGGUAGAAAAGGGGAGUGUGCAGCCUGGGAAGGAGUCCUAUUAGCUCAUCACACUAGAAACCUGAAAGAGCCUGCAGGAUGGUUUGCAACUUCAGCUGGAGGUAAAGUUUCCAAACAUGGAAUCACUGGAGGAGCCUGUUUUUGAAACUGAGGCCUGCAACCCACACACAAGCAAAUGCACCACAGUGACAGAGGAUGCAGCUUCUUUAGAAUCAGUGGAGUUGCUUCUGCUUAGAAGUUUGGCUCUUGGUCACUAAAUUAAAGAUCCUCUUAAAGCUCCAGCGUCCUGGACAAGUUCUAGUUUGAAUAACUACAUUCUGCCGGACUAUAUUCUGCAGCUUCAUUUGGAGAAGUUAUUUUCCAUUCUCCUUCUUAACUGUCAUCACACUAAUAAAUCUGAUCUAUAGCAUUGCUAGCACAGAACAGCUGCCAUGCUCCAUCCCAGAGGUGGCUGUGUUUUAGUGAUGUGAAUGAACUCUAUACAGUAGGCACAGGGCAAAAUUCUUCUCUCUCACUGAAGUGGGGAUCUCUGCUGCCUGCAAUAUUCAGGAGUUGUUUGACACGGGAACACCAUUCUCACAAUAAGGGCAAAAUUAGCAUUUAGUGAGCUGCU